AUGUCUGCACGUGAUGGUGUCUCGAUGAGGUUAAUAAAAUACAGCCGCCUGCCGUGCUCACCUUGUCUGGGUUUGUCCGCUGCCAGCCCCCAGCCUCCGCCGCGCUGGUCCCAGGGAAGGAAACGUGGCGCAGACGGAAAGCGGAGGAAGCAGAACGAGUCGGAUUCAUCCGUCUUUGAUGAAAACAAGAACGGGCCUUCUGACAACAGGAUGGACAGUUUUACAACACCAGAAGGCCCUGGACCCCUUUCCCGGUGUUCAGACUGGGGAACUGCAGUGGAAGAAGAUGAAAUGAGGACCAGCGUUAACAAAGAAAUUGCAAGAUACAGAAGAAAACUCUUGAUAAAUGAAUUUUCAAGAGAAAGGAAAUCCUCCUCUGGAAGUUCUGAUUCAAAGGAGUCCACUGUGACAGCGGAGCUUGAGACAGAUGAAGUGGUUUUGAUGAGAAGACAAAAACAGAUCAACUAUGGUAAAAACACAAUUGCGUACGAUAGGUACAUUAAAGAAGUUCCCAGAUGCCAUCGUAUACCAGGAGUUCAUCCCAGAACUCCAAAUAAAUUUAAGAAGUACAGCCGUAGGUCAUGGGACCAACAAAUCAAACUAUGGAAAGUCGCAUUGCAUUCCUGGGAUCCGCCUGCUGAAGAAGGAUGUGAUCUGCAAGAAAUUAGUCCUGUUGACCUUGGUGAGAUGGAGACAGAAUCUAUUGGAAGCAGUUCUACUGAAUCUCAUACCAGCUAUCAGGAUAAUGAUGAUACCUGUUCUGGCACUCCCACCAAAGUUAGACAUGUUGACUAUCAAGCAGAAGGUGAAUUUGACUUGGAAGUGUGUUUGAGUGAACCACCUAAAGAUUUCGAUACUGUGAAUUAA